AUGAAUCAAAGCAGCGAAGGAUGUAUGAAAAAGAUUAGCAGUGUGAAUCUUGACAAACUUAUACAUGACUUCUCACAGAUAGAAAAGAAAAUGAUAGAAACCAGUGGAAAGAAUAAUAUUCUAGAUAUGCAGUUGGAAAAAACUAACUAUUUGUUAAAAGUAAUGCAAACAAAGGAAGUCUCAAUUAAAGAAGAAUGUGCUACUCUUCAUAGUAUGAUAAAAGGGCUACAACAGACCAUUGAAUCUCAACAUAAUUUGAGAGGUGAAAAUGAACAACUAAAAAGAAAUGCUGAUCUUAUGAAAGAAAAGUUAAAAUCUCAUGAACAGGAAUAUCAGAAUAAUAUUGCCAAACUUUUGAGUGAAAUGAAAAUCAAAGAGGAGGGACAUAAGAUAGAAAUAAGGAAACUUCAUCAGGACAUGCAGGAGAAAAUUGAGUCAAAUGAAGAAAAACAUAAAGAACUGCUAGAGAAAAAGGAGCUGGAAAUUUCAGAGUUAAAUACAAAGUUAAGAACUCAAGAAAAGGAAAAACAAAGUGAAAUAAUCAAAUUACAAUUAGAGUUUGAUGCCAAACUAGCAAGAGUUCAAACUAAAUCAAAACCAUAUCCAGAUUCUACUAUUUUGCCACAGAGUAUCUACAGAAGGAAGCUUCAACAUCUUCAAGAAGAAAAAAACAAAGAGAUUGCAGUUCUUCGUAAUACCAUUCACGAUUUAGAGCAACGCCUCUCUCUUGACAAAGAUUCUCAGCUUAAACCUAUUGGCAAAGGUUCUUACCUUAAGCGUAGACGGUUUUGA